AUGUCAGGUCAACUCCCAACCGACAACCACAAGCCAGACAAACCAUCCAUGACUCCUCUGGAACUCAAGACCGAAACUAUUCAUGUGGACCUCAGACGCAUGGCCACAGACAUCAACUACGGAACACAGCUCUCUCAAGGAAAAGGUUUCCGUAUCUACGAUGACUCUUUCUCCAAACUCCUCGGAUCCAAUCCCAGCAUCACCCAAGUCCAAAGCCGAGACUACCAAUUCGCACACGAGGCAGGCGUGUAUAUCAAAUCCACCAACCGCGUCUACUUCACCGCAAACUUCCAGACUUGCGAUCCUAUCGCAUUAUACUCUGUCGACGCCUCCUCUCUCAAAGUUACAGACGACAACUUUACAAAUGUAGUGCAAGCAAACGGCGCCUGCAACUACAAAGACAAGAUCCUGUACUGCUGUCAAGGCGACAAGACCAACCCUUCCGCCCUAGUGCUCGUAGACCCAAUUUCCAGCACCUCCGCAACCCUAAUCAACAAUUUCCAAGGCCGACCUUUUAACAGUGUGAACGAUGUGGUGAUCCACCAUUCCAACGACGAGAUUUGGUUUACAGACCCUACGUAUGGGUAUGAACAAGCCUUUCGCCCUUCUCCCGACUUGCCAUCCCAAAUCUACCGUUUCAAUCCACGCACAAACCAGAUCUGGUGUGUGGCAGAUGGGUUUGUGCAGUGCAAUGGCCUCUGCUUUUCUCCUGACUACACAAAAAUGUACGUCACGGAUACAGGCGCAUGUCAAGCACACACCGGCCCCAAAGACGGCCACAACUUUUCCAUGAACCCGCGAUUGCCAGCCACCAUCUAUGUAUUCGAUGUCGUGGAGAAUGGCACGCAGUUGGCUAAUCGCAAAACGUUUGCGUACUGUGAUAGUGGGGUGCCGGAUGGGAUCAAGUGUGAUGAAGAGGGGAAUGUGUAUUCGGGAUGUGGAGAUGGUGUGCAUGUAUGGAAUGCCCAAGGUACUUUGAUUGGAAAGAUUGUGACGGGAGGUUGUGUGGCCAAUUUCUGCUUUUCGAAGGAGGGAAUGUGGAUGUUUGGGGAGGAGGAACUAUACCUAUGCAAACUGAGUGCUAAAGGAGCUCUGGUCAGUAUCGAGUGCGAGUAG